AAGCGUCCUCGAAAUUGUUUCCUUUCCUCCAUGCACCCAUGCACUGCCGCUGCACAGACACCUUGUUGCGCUCAUUCGCAUCUCCUGCAGGUGCGGCAGCUGGUGCAGCAGUGGCGCCAGGCGUACAGCCAGCUGCGGUUCGAGCACCAGCGUCAGCGCGACGAGCUCGUGCACCUGGGCAUGCACGAGCGGCUCUCCGAGGACAACGAGAAGCUGCUGCGGCGCGAGAACGGCGCGCUCAAGCAGGCGCUCGCCGAGCUCGCCGACGCGGCCGUGCGGCUCAAGCGGCUGCGCGCCGAGCACGAGGCCCUGCGCGAGGACCUGGACGACGCCCGGGCCUCGCUGUACGCCGGCUCGCUCGAGCACGAGGCGAGGCAGGCCGAGCUGCGACGCCAGCUGGACGCCGAGGGUCGGGGGCGGCGCGAGGCACAGCGCAAGCUGGACGCCGAGGCCGCCGCGUGCGCCAGUCUGCGCGAGGAGGUCGAGGCCCGGGGCGCCGAGAACGCGCUGCUCGCCGCCGAGCUCAAGGAGUGCCGCGAGCGACUCGAGGCGAAGGAACAGGAGUACCGCUGCCAGCUCAUCGCAACCAAGCUGGAGCGCGACGAACAGGUCGCGAGACUCGAGGGACGCCUGCAGCGGCUCCAGACCUCGGGCCACGACGCCUGCCGGCAACAGUGUGCCGCGCUGCAGCAGGAACUGGAGCGAGCGCGGACCGAGCUCGCCCGUCGCCAAGGCGAUCCUCUUCCGGCGGAGGAACAGCCUGGUGUCGCGUCGCCUUCUCCGCCGUGGCAGAGGACGACGGCCGCCAAGGACUCCAACGCAGGGUCCGCCGAGAGCCCAGCGCAGGAACGCGCCGGAAACAGCGCUAAGCAGAAGACGUGGCCGGAGGACUUCGGCAGAUUCUGGCGCGAGGAUGCCAAGGAAGCCACCGUGCGAGCCUACGGUACGGCUCGGGGUCCGGGCCGCCAGUCCGUCGAGGCAGCGCCCGGCAACGCCUCCGAAGGGCGUCGCGCCGGCGUCCCCGCGUCGUCAUUAAUUGGUCCCGAGAAGAUUUCGAUUCGAGCAGUGCGGGCCGGCGACAAUCGAGAACCCGUCAGCGACGAAACCGUGGAUUCGACCCACAGGGCUCAGAGUGCGCGCGACUUGGUCGCCGUCGGCGACCCCGAACGUAUCGCUGCUGCCGCGUCCUCUGCCGAGACCUGUGGGGGGCCGAAUGCGGCGAGAACCCCUCUGAGGGUCAGCGACAUCAUAAAAAAGUCGGCGGGACGGCGUGGCGAACCGACCCCCGCGAAAGACGGCGCUGCUCGGCGACCCACCGUCGACGUCGGUGCGGACGUCGUCGUCAGCGAUUCGGACCGGGACCACGAAGACGAAUGCCGCGACGAAGGCCCCGGCAGCGACCUGGUUGUUAUGGUUCCGGCGACCCCGCCGACUCCGUCGAAGCAGCAGAAGAGGCGGAGGCUGUGCAUCGAAGUCGACGAAAUGCUCUUCGUCGACGCCUAGCUGUCGGGCCCUGUGUAUACCUCUUGCGUAGGGCGAUUGGAUAUAUAAUUAGUUCAUUACCGUUAUUAUUUUGAUAUUUGUGUUUGGCACGCCUGUAUAAGACUGGUGAUUGGCAUUUCGGAACAGAGACGCGAGCAGCACGAAAUGUGAACGUAUAUAUAUCACUUACUUUGUCCUAUGUAUAGCGUAAGAAGCAAUAUUCGUUAUUUUAUUCACUAUGUUACUGUUGUGUUAUUAUUCUUAGUGUUUGUUUUCCCACAGAUACGUAGACAUGUACUGAGUAAAGUUCAAGCGGGGCAGGCGGCGAGCCAAACUUACGUUGGGCUUGUUUUCUGGCAAGGUAAAAUGACUUUGUAUUCUUACAGACUUCAAAUAAAUGCGCCUCCAUUAAUAUAUCUCGUCCGUCAGAACAGUGAAAUGACUCAGCCUGAUUGUGGUCG